GCCGAGCCGUGCCGCGCCGAGCCGGGCCAGGCCACCCGCCGGGCCCCGCUCGCCAUGGCCCCGCAGCGCCGCCGCCCCUGACGCCCCCCUCCCCCCCCCCCCCAAUGCGGCUCCCGGGGGUGCUGGGGCUGGGGGUGCUGCUGGCCUGGGUGCCCCCCGCGCCCGCCGACACCUUCUCGGCCAUGCUGAGCGUCCGGCAGGCGCUGGGCGCCGAGGGCCGCCUGCUCGCCCUCCUCGGCGCCCACCUGCGCGCCGAGAGCGACCGCCUGAGCCGCCUGGCCAGGUUUUACAACAAGGUGCAGGCGCUGCACCAGGAGCCCGCGGCCUCGGUGGACAACCCCUUGCUGGCCUUCGGCCUCAUCAAGCGCCUCCACUCCGACUGGCGCAACGUGGUCUACAGCGAGGCGGCCAGCGAAAACACACGUGUUGUCCGGCGGCCGCCCGGCGCCGUCCCGCUCCCCGCAGAGCUCCAGGCCGGCUUCGAGGAGCUGCGGCAGGAGCUGCCGGGGCCGGAGGACCUGGAAGGGGCGGCCCAGGCGCUCAUGCGGCUGCAGGACGUCUACGCGCUGAGCGUCAAGGGCUUGGCCAAGGGCGUCUUCGAGCCCGCCGGCGCCCACUCACCCCUCUACCGCCCCGGCCAGCCCGUCGCCCUCUCCGCCGACGACUGCUUCCACGUGGGCAAGGUGGCCUACGACACGGGUGAUUACUACCACUCCAUCGCGUGGCUGGAGGAGGCCGUGGACCUCUUCCGCCUCUCCUACGGCAGCUGGAACACAGAGGACCGGGCCAGCCUGGAGGACGCCCUGGACCAUCUGGCCUUCUCCUACUUCAUGGCAGGGAACGUCUCGCGCGCCCUGAGCCUCUCCAGGGAGUUUCUGCUCUACGACCCCAGCAACCGCAGGGUGGCCAGGAACGUGGCACAGUACGAGAAGCUGCUGGAGGAGCGGGCGAGCGCGGAGCCGGGACCGCCGCGGCGGCCCGACGGCACCCGCCUGCGGACCCGCGACGCCUACGAGGAGCUGUGCCGGAGCCCGGCCCACUCCCGUCUCCAUCGCUCGCCGCCGCCACCGGGCCUCCGCUGCGCCUACGAGACCAACGGCAGCCCCUACCUGCUCCUGCGGCCCGCCAAGAGGGAGACGGUCCGGUUGCGGCCCUACGUCGCCCUGUACCACGACUUCAUCAGCGACGCCGAGGCCGAGACCAUCAAGGCGCUGGCGGGGCCCCGGCUGCAGCGCUCCGUGGUCGCCUCCGGAGAGAAGCAGCAAAAAGCCGAGUACCGGAUCAGCAAGAGCGCCUGGCUGAAGGACACAGCCGACCCGGCGGUGGCGGCAGUGGAGCGGCGCAUCGCCGCCGUCACCGGCCUGGACGUGCGGGUGCCCUACGCCGAGUACCUGCAGGUGGUCAACUACGGGCUGGGCGGCCACUACGAGCCCCACUUCGACCACGCCACCUCCAGGAAGAGCCCCCUUUACAGAAUGAAGUCGGGCAACAGGAUCGCCACGGUCAUGAUCUACGGGCACGGGGACGAGCGAGGGCUCACGCUCCGGCGCCUUUUCCAGCUGAGCUCGGUGGAGGCCGGCGGCUCCACCGCCUUCAUCUACGCCAACCUCAGCGUGCCCGUCGUGAAGAACGGCGCCCUGUUCUGGUGGAACCUGCGGAGAAACGGCGAGGGCGACGGGGACACCCUGCACGCCGCCUGCCCCGUCCUGGCCGGCGACAAGUGGGUGGCCAACAAGUGGAUCCACGAGCACGGGCAGGAGUUUCGGCGGCCGUGCGGCCCCCGGCCGGAGGACUGAGCGCGGCGUGGGACUGAGGACCCUCUGCCCAGCCCGGGCGAAAGCCCCCCACCACGGGGGGGGUCUUUGCGCAGGGCCGGGGCCGGCCGCCCGCGGCGGGCGCUGGCGACAACCCCGUCGCUCCCGAAUCUGGUGGAAAUAAAGCCAAAAGGAGGCCGAAA